UUUGGGCCUGGGGUUGUUUCUAAUCGAGAUUAUUAAUCUCUGAUCGAGGCUACUCCUGUAGCUCCUUCAGUAUUUCUGGGUUAUUUUAUUCUCAGACGGAUCCUGUCAGCGCAGUCUCUGGUUUAUGUGCUGUGCGGUGGCAUGGCCACGGCGUUCUUCUGUUUAUUUGGGUGUUUUCCGCCGCCCCAGCUGGAAGCCUGCGCGGGCAAAGCUUGCUGGCUGCGGCUUGUUCCUGCCUGCGGCUUGUUCCUGCCUGCCCUCCUCCUUCUCCUGGUGCUGGGCUGCUGCGGAGGUGGUCACAUGCUGCAAGUGGAUCAGGGAGCCAAGAGGCUGAAGCCUUAACCUGUGCUCAUGACAACAGUAAUGCCUAACAGAAGUCCGUUUUUAAGGCGUUUUGGCUUUUGGCAGCAGUGGUUUGGCUCAUCUUAAUUAAAUGAAACCUGUGUUUGCUCUUGUUAGGAUGCUUACUAGAUUUUAAUCUAGUAACAUCUUAAUGUUGCAUUGACUGCAUGGGUUUAUCAUCUCCUAUGCUUUAAUUCACCUUCUCCCUAUGUUGUCUGUAAUAAUAUCUACUCAAGGAGUUUGUCAUCCAGUGCUUCCUAACGCUAGCUGUAUUUCAGGGUGCAAAGAUGGAUUGUAGCCAGUCUUGCAGAAAGUAACAUGGUCAUACAUGUUGUGAUAAACCUUUGUCUGUGAAGGAGUGCCCUGAUCUGUCAUGGUAUUGCAGAAAUGGGUUCCUUGGAAAUAACACAGAGUUUGGAAGAUGAUCCUCUACUGGAUGCGCCACUCAUUUCGUCUCACACAUUACAUUCCCAACUGAGGCCAAGAUUUCAUGCUAUCCCAGCAGUUCUCCUUGCCAAUUUCCUGUUGCUAAUACAUGUUGCUUUUGUUGUUCUAGCAUUUUUAGCAGCUAUGUUUUGUUCUUACCCCAAUCCAAAUCAAGAUAAGUGCCCUGGAAACUACACUCACCCACUUAAAGUGCAGACUGUCAUAAUAAUUGCAAAAGUAAUUCUGUGGAUUCUGCAUGUGUUUUUUGAACGCUAUGUCCAGCACCACCAUAGUCAAGUCAGAAGAAGAGGUUACUUUGCAAUAUACCGAUCAACAAAGCAUCUAAAAAGGCUUCCACUGCUCAUACACUCCACAGGUAAUACAGCCCUGCUCUUGAUUCUGUCAGUGCAGCAUUCCUUUCCUGAUCACAGUAAAGUGUACCUGUAUCUUAUCCUGGGAGUCCUGGGCCUGGAGCUGAUUAGCUCCCUCACAUGCUUAGUGAUUUACACAGUGAAAAUAAGCAACUUCAAUCGUGCCAAGCCAAGACCUGACAUAAUUGAAGAAGAAAAGAUGUAUGCCUACCCUAGUCAUGUUACCUCAGAAAUUGGAUUUAGGGAAAAUUCAAGUUUAGAAGAGAUAGUUGAGAAGCAAGGAGAUGUAAUAGAGUAUCUUCAGCGACACAAUGCACUGCUCAGCAAGAGACUGUUGGCACUAACAUCUCAGCAAAUCAAAACUUAACAGCAUUUGGAAAACUGCUGCUGGAGCUCUGGAGGGAACAUGAGGUAAUGUAAUAUCCAGACUGAUUUUUACAGAUGACUCUUCUUCAAUUGUCUUUCACAUUUUGAAAUAGAAGUUCAGCUGGAAGGAUAAGCUCUGCAUACACUAUAAACCUGUUACAACUGGACACUCUCUUCAAAUCAUCAGUUCUGGGAAAAAAGUUCUGCAGCUUCAACAAUUUUUAAUUCCUCAUAUAUUAAAGUUGGACCUGAGUUAACGGUUUAACUUUGCUCAGUUGUUUCUAUUAUUUUGUACUGCUGUAAUCUUUAAGCUUCAAGCUACCAAAGUAUUUUACAUUUCUAGAACACAUAUCUGUUCUCUAGAAAAAUCUGACUUUGUAAGGGAUGUCUUUUCAGUUUCUAUUGCUGAAGCUGGGACUAGAUAUAUUAUGUCACUGAUUCCCAUUACUUCCAGUGAUAGAGGUGGUGUACUUCACUAAUCUGAUACAGAUACUUUUCUAGAUCAGUCUCCUUUUCUCCUUUGUCAAGAAAGUGGGGAAAAUUGGUGUCUAAUUUAGGAUUUAAAAAAAGUAGUGGGUGUCCUAAAAUUGCAAAUCUCACACAUAAGUGUGUGGUACAAAACAAUGUCAUGAUAAUUAAUUUGAGCAGUUGUUCAGAAUUCUGGCUUUAAAACUCUGAGAUCUUCAGGGCUCAUGCCUUUCCCAUUACUAGGAAUUUGUGUCAGCUAAUAACAAGAUUCCUUCUCUGCUGACUGAACUAACUUAAUACAAAAAUACUUGAGAGUAAGCUUUUUCAUUGACUUAGCAACUAAUUUAUGGUGAAUGGGUUUAACAAUUCUGUCAGAGAUGCCCAAGUUAACGCAUACUUGCUCUUUACUUUGGCUCCUCAAAAAAACAGCAUCUCGAUACAAAAGCUAAAAUGGUGUAUGUGGGGAAGUGAAAAGCAACAGAAGACAGGUCUUUCAGAACUUGAAGAAACAAAAAUUUUUGGUUUUAAUUUAUGGUGAAUAAAGGCUGGUGAAAGAAACCUCUUGUUUUGGGUACUACUUUGUCUACCAAUGUAGGCCAAAAAUUAUUUUAGAAACCAAUACCUCUGUGGGAAUAGGGUAAUCACUAAUCAAAAGUGGGAAGAAGACUGUCAUUACAGUCGAAUAUAGGAAAAGAAAAUUAAUUCAUCCUACUUUAGUCUUGGGGUACAACUUCAGAAAUACCUGAACUGUGUAGUAUGCAACAAUUAUUGGUGUUGUCUCAUUCGAAGGAAAACAGUAAAUAGUGGAGGUUUUGCUGCUAUCCAAUACUAGACUGUUCUCCUUAACUGUUGUUUCUUGAAAAUGCAGCCAAGUUUUUAUAGUAUACAUGUAAGGAAUAAAAAUGUUUGGUUUUAGAACUCAGGUUUUGAUGUGAUUGUGUUUAUCAAUUUAUAUCAUUUCUAUGAAGAGCAGUAAAAUGUGACUGUGAAGUUCAUGCACAAUAAAUGCAACCAAGGAAGAGUGUGAA